AUGGCUGUGGGUUCUGCUAUCAAUCGCACAAUCACCCUGGUGUUUCUAGCAGGCGCUACGCUGCUGCUCAUUCUGAUCGUGCUGUCCGGCUCGACCACCAACUUCCCAGUGGACCGUUUCUACUGGUUGCAGGCCGACACAACAGGCAUCACUGGGGCCCCCUCCGGCAAUUCGCGCUGGACCUUCUGGGGUCUGUGUUCGUUCGACUCGUCCAACAAGCUGGUUUGCCCAAGUUUGGCCCCAGCGUACCCGAUCUCGCCUCGUGACAACUUUGGCCAGGCUCCCUCCAGUGAGUUGCCCUCUGAUUUCGUGAAUUCCCGCUCUACUUACUUCUAUUUGACCCGUUUCUCAUUCUGUUUCUUCUGGAUCGCCCUUGCUUUCAUUGGCGUGUCCUUCUUGUUGUACGCGCUUUCGUGGUGUUCUUAUGCGUUCACCAAAGUUGUGUUUUUGCUUGCCACUGUCGGAGCCCUCUUUGACGCUGCUGCCGUGAGUUGUCAAACUGCGGCCACUGUUAUGGCCCGCAAUACUUUUACCAAAGCUGGUCACUCUGCGAACAUCAGUGCCACACUUCUCGGUAUCGCCUGGGCCAGUGUUGCAUGCUCGCUUUACAUCUUCUUUGGUACCGGUGUUACCUUUUUGCGUCGUGCCUACCAGUCCCACAAGGAAUACGUUGAAAUGCAAAAAUACAAGGAACAAGCUUUGAUGUACCAAGGCAAACAAGAGGCUCUACAGCCUGACACCGAGUCCUACGCGAUCCACGACGGUGGUGAGGCCAACGAAGGCAUCAACUCUGCUGGUCUAGUGGUCCCAGCUCCUGAAACUCAAGCAGAGUCCCAUCACAGUGGUAUCAAAUUUUUCAAGAUCCGCAAGACUCAAAAGCCAGGCGAUCAAGAAAGUGUUUAA